AUGUCUUAUAUGGCCAAUGAUUCAGACAAUAAAAAAGGUUCAACCCUCGAUGGCUCUUUGUCCGAUGUCAAUAUCAAAGUAGAAAGAUUCUAUUUGUCUUACUUAGGAAAAGAUGAUCAGAAAGGGAUUCUUAUAACAGCAGAAACAGAAAAAUCCACAAUUGAGAAGAUGAUUCCACUGAAGCUUGAACAUCCUGAUCAUUUUGGACUUCUACUAUUGAACUACAACUGUUCAGAAUCUGACGAUUAUUUUCCUCUCAAUUCUACUGUCAAAGUUAAAGAAAUAUUGUUAAAAAAAUCAAUUACUGAAAGUGAUGAUACCAAUUUGGAAGAUCAACGAGAGAAUAUUAUUGAAGAUCGUAUCAGACAUAUUAUCACAAGAAACGAAAGUGAUUGUAGUUAUUUAUGUGAAGCAGCUAUAGAAGAUAAAUAUACAGUUGUUCUUCAAAUGAAAUUAGAGAUUAUCGAUACAAAUAACUCAUAUCGACGACUUGCAUUCUAUCUAGAUGAUGGCAGUAGCAUACUCCUAUGUCGUUUCGAAAUAAAUGCAAGAAGUGAAACAAGAGAAACACCUCUUCAUGUUGCUGUUGAUUUAAAUAUGUCUGAUAUUGUGGAUCUUCUUAUCAGUAAUGGUGCGAAUGUAAAUGCUACAAACGGAUUGGAUCAAGUACCACUUCACUAUGCAGCAAAAAGUGAUAAUUUAAAUAUAUUAUACAGUCUUUUUAAUAAUCAGGCAAAACUGGACGAGCAAGAUAGUUAUGGUAAAACUCCACUUCAUUACGCUGUUUUAAAUGUAAAUGAAAAUGCUGUAGAUCUUCUUAUCAGUAAUGGUGCAGAUGUUGAUGCUACAAAUAGUCAGGGUCAAGUACCACUUCACAUUGCCGCAAAAAAAAGUAAUUUAAAAAUAUUGAAGAGUCUUCUUAGAAAUCAGGCAAAACUGGACGAAAGAGAUAAAGAUGAUCGAACUGCACUUCAUUAUGCUGUUGAUAGUGGAAAUGAGAAUAUUGUCGAUAUUCUCUUAAAAAGAGGUGCCAAUCAUAAACUCGAAGAUAAAUGCGGUCUCAAACCAUUUGAUCAAGCAUUUAAAAUGAAUUUGUUCAAAAUAAUGAGAGUUUUUACGAAAUUCAAUUUAAAAAACUUGACACAAGCUGGAAGAGACUCGAUACAUCUUCAUUAUGAUGGAGCUGCUGAAAAUGGAAAUAACGUAGAUCUUCUUAUUAGUGAGGGUGCAGAUGUUAAUGCUACAAAUAGACAGGGUCAAAUACCACUUCACUAUGUAGCAGAAAAUAAUAAUUUAAAUAUAUUAGACAGUCUUCUUGAGAAUAAGGCAAAACUUGACGAAAGAGAUGAAGAUGGUGAGACACCGCUUCAUUAUGUUGUUUUGAAUGGAAAAGUGGAUGUUGUCGAUAUUCUUCUAAAGAGAGGUGCUGAUUAUAAACUCGAGAAUAAAAACGGUCUCAUGCCAUUUCAUUUGGCAGCUAAACAAGUGAAUUUAGAUAUGAUAAAAGUUUUUCUUGAUAAUAAUGUAGAUGCUAAUAUUGUCAAUUCACGAGCGAAUAUUAAUUUUCAAGAUGAAGCAGGUAAUACUCCUCUCCAUCAUGCUGUGAUGAAUAACAAUCGUGAGUUUUUACAAGCUCUAUUAGAAUGUAACGCUGAUCCAGCUAUUAAAAAUUAUUUUGGUAAGAACGUACUCCAUUUUGCUUUGACGUGUAUAGGAGGAGAUAAUUGUAUUCAAGAUAUUUUGGACAGUAAUGUUGACAUCGAUGCAGUCAAUAGAGAUGGCGAAACAGCACUUCACUUAGCAAUUCAAUGGAAUGAUGACAAUAUUGUCAAAUUAAUAUUAAAAAAGAAUCCAAACAUUGAUAUGAAGAACAACAUCGGUGACACAGCAUUGCACAAGACAGUCAAACGUAAACAUUGUCAUAUGGUUGAGCUUUUAUUAAAAAAUGGAGCUAAUGUGAAUUUGAAAGACGGAUCAGAAAAAACUGUUCUACAUUUAGCAAUAGAAUUGGAUGAACUGAAUAUUAUACCAUUACUUUUAGAAAAUAAAGCUAAUGCGAAUUUAAAAGAUGCAUCAGGGAAUACUGUUUUAUUUCUAGCAGCAAAAUUGUCUAAAAUUCCAGCAGAAAUUAUUAAAUAUAUUCUAAAUUAUACAAACGAUAUUGAUGCUAAAGAUGAUUGUGGAAGAACAGCCCUUCACUAUGCAGCUCUUAAUACUCCAGAUCGAAUUCUUGAAGUACUCUUAAAAGCGAAGGCUGAUGUUUAUGUUAAAGAUUCUGAAGGAAAUACUCCUCUACGUCUAACAGUGUCUUGGGAAAAUAGAUGCGUACGGGAUUUCAAAUCCAUGAAAGUUCUUGUAAAUUAUCAGGCUGAUGUUAAUGCAGUUGACAAUGAUAUGAGGACUCCACUCCAUCAUGCUUGUUGGAAUAAAAAUGAGGAUAUGUCAGUUAAUUGUGCUGAUAAAUUUGGUAAAACACCUCUGCAUUAUCUUGUUGAAAAAUCAUCUAGGUUCUAUGAUUUCCAUGAACUGCUUCUUAAAUUCGGUGCUGAUAUUAAUAUUGAGGACAAAGAACAUAAUACAGUAAUUGAUAUUCUCGUAAAACAAUUUGAUACUCUCCAUCUGCCAAUAGCUGAAAUAUUCACAGUACAUGUGAUUGAGAUGAAGGAAAUAAGUAUGUGGGUUCGCAAAAAGACUUUAGAUGGAGUCUACGGAAUUGGACGUGUUGCUUUAGUAGAUUGUGACAGUCAAAAUUUAUUCCAAAAUGCACUUCGAUAUGGGAGAUAUUUGAUUAUAUUUUACCUGACAGCUCAAUCUUGA